AUGGAUCUUUUCAAGCUCUCCCUCUCCCUCUUUUGUGUCACGAGCGUAGCCAUGUUUCCCUCCGCUCUCGCUCAAGACACGCCUCAAGACUUCGUGAACGCCCACAAUGCUGCUCGUGCCCUAGUUGGUGUCGGACCUGUGCAAUGGGACGCAACCGUGGCAAGCUAUGCUCAACAAUAUGCUAACUUACGCAUCAAUGAUUGUCAGCUAAUACACUCUGGUGGCCCUUACGGAGAGAAUAUUGCAUGGGGUAGCUCGAAUUUAUCAGGCACUGCUGCAGUUCAACUAUGGGUGGCCGAGAAGCAAUACUACAAUUAUAACACGAAUAGUUGUGCAGCUGGGAAGGUGUGUGGUCAUUACACUCAAGUGGUGUGGAGAAAUUCAGUGAGAAUUGGAUGUGCUAAAGUGAUAUGCGCGAAUAAUGCUGGUACAUUCAUCACUUGCAACUAUGAUCCAAGAGGCAAUAUCAUCGGACAAAUGCCAUAUUGA